AUGCCGUUAACGAAAUCCGACGGUACUGUCAACCUUACCACUAUCUUGAGUCACAUCACUCUCCUCGAACAGACUGUGGACACUCUUCACAAGGACACAAGCAGGUUGCAGAUAGAUCUGCGGACUACGAACGAAACACUCCAGCUCACACAGGCAGAUCUGAAUAUUACAAAACAGGAACUACAGACGUCUCGCACAGAACUGCAGGUAACUCAAACAGAUCUGAAUAUUACAAAGCAGGAACUACAGACGUCUCGCACAGAACUGCAGGCAACAAAGGUCGACCUUCAACAUACACAGACCGAUCUUCAAACUAUAAAGAAAGACCUUCAGGCCGCCCAGACAGACCUCAUGACAAACAAGGGGCUUCAACAAUCUGCAGCUGCUGAGAUUUUGUCUCUCAAAAACAACAUGACCAUACUGAGAACCGAACUCGGAAUCGUGAAAUCAAAAGUGGAAAACACCGGUCUAGAUUUUCAUCCUCUGAGUUCAACCUCCAACGAUUCUCUUCUCGUUUCCUUGAAUGGGAGCUUUACAGCGAACCAGGAUGUUAUAAGGGCAAUUGUUCUGGAUGUGCAAUCAGUUCACAGCGACCUCAACACCACGGCACACACACUUUCAGAGGUCCAGGCCGACAUCAAUAGCUUUAAGCGGAAUAUAUCUUCUGCGCUUAGAAAUGUAACUGCGGAGUGUACAGCGCUGAAAUCUGAUUCUCAUUUAUUCAGUUCCCUCCAGUCGGACAUAACAGCAAUGGAUAAGAAAUUGUCCUUCUUAAACAUAACCGUUCGUGAAGUUCAGUCAGAAGCACGACAAGUUGCAGCAAAUACAUCUUCUGUGAUACAGCUCAUUGCUCACAGGCAGUCACUGAAGACUCUAGCACAAGAUACGUGGGCCCAAUUGAAGCAGUGUGAGAAGAAUGUGAACUCAACUGAUGCGAGUAUGACGGCUCAACUUAACCGUUUGGAAAUGGAUAUGAAUUGUACUUCCGUUUAUAUUCACAACGUCCAACAGAACCUCCUCUCCCUCGAGUCUGACCUCAACACGACUCGGGAGGACAUCACAAUGACGAACUCCGACGUGCAUGCGCUGAACAAAACUCUGGCAUCCAAAACCCGAGCCGUGGCUUUCCAGGCGUAUGCAUCAAAGUCCCGCAAUGUAACGUCACAACACCCCGUGGUGUACGAUAGCACCAUCUACAACAUCGGAUCUGGCUACAACCACACAACCGGGAAUUUCACAGCACCAGUCUCCGGAACCUACAUGUUCUGGACAGAAUUGCGUAUCAAUUCCUACGCCUACACUCCGCACAUGACUAUCAAACAGUCGGGAAGGUCAAUCGGCAGUGGUUGGUCUGCAUCAACGUCUACAGAUGAUGAGUCCGUUAUUUCCGCUACGUGUGUUAGUCAUCUGCAGAAGGGCGAGGCAGUAUGGGUGGAGUUUGAAAAGUUUGCAUGGUGGGCAACUGCUGUCUCUGUUGUCCCAGGUGGCUUUGACACAAGGCCAAAAUCCUUCUUUGGUGGUGCCCUUUUAACAGUGGACUAA